AUGUUGUUCUUAUAUGGCAAUUACCAUCAAGGUGAUCAGGUUUUUGGGAAUGAAUCACGGGGAAGACAAUGUAUGGCUAAUUGUGUAGUGUUCUCGGCAUUGUCUGAAACAAAACCUCUACACUUGUGGACACAAGAAAAAUUGAAAAUAAUAAUGCACAUAGGAGAUGAAAUGUACAAAUAUGUUCGUCAACAUUGUGGUGUAACACAUGAUUUUUUGUUGUAUAACGAUAUUCCUAAACACUUCAGUUUCUUGGGACUAAAAUAUGCAUUGAUGAAAGAAGUAUCGUAUGGAGGUACAUUGACAAAAACAAUUUUUUAUGAAAAUAAUUUUUCUAUGGCUCUGGAAUUUGCUUUCAACCUUAUCCUAAGUUCUAGUAAUUCCAAAUAUAGUGCAAUACUUAUUUUCUGUGACUCAGCAAUAUCAGUUAGAAAAAGAAAUAAUGAAUAUUACUUGUUUGACCCACACAGUCGUUGCAGAAAUGGUCUUCCAAUACCAGACGGAGCUUGCCAUAUUUCAAAAUUUGAAAACUUAUCUGCACUGUGCAGCUUUAUACGUGAUCUUGCCUGCUCUUUGAGUAGCCAAAAUUUAGAACAGAUUGUAUACGAAAUGAUUAGAGUUGAGGUCAAAACCCCUUUGAAUGCACGUGGUAAAAACUUUUGUAUUUUCAGUUUUAAUGUUCUUGCCCGAAACCAAGUCAGAUUAUCUGAAAAAGAAUGUUCAAAUGAACAACAAACAGUUCAAGUUACCUGUCAUUCAGAUGUACUAGAUAAAAAAAGAAAACGCAUAACAAGCUCUCAUUCUAUUCCACAAAAGCGAAGCAAGCUUGAUGAGGAAGCUUUGACGCACGAUAUUGUUAAAAAAUUCAGUUUGUCAGUACUAGAGGGUCCUUUGUAUGUUUGUAGCUCCUGUAGUCAAACAUGGUUUAAAGAAGGUGUAGUACGCAUGAGUACUGUCAAAAGUAGCUUCAAAUUACUUGAAAAGUGUAAAUCUGGUAUAAAAUCAGUAAACAAUAUUGAAUGGGUAUGUCUCACAUGUAAACGACACUUAAUGUCUGGAAAAAUUCCCGAAUGUUCUGUCGGUAACAAUAUGAAAUUUCCUCCCAUACCAAAUGAACUGCUUGGCUUGACAAACUUAGAGCAAAGACUUAUAUCUCCAAGAAUCCCAUUUAUGUCAAUACGUCAACAACCAAGGGGAGGUCAGCUAUGCAUGAAAGGUAACGUUGUUAAUGUACCUGCAGAUAUUAACAAAACUGUUAGGGUAUUACCACGCACUUUAGAUAAUGAUGAAACAGUGUUUGUAAAAUUGAAACGUAAGAUAUCAUUCAAACAUAGUGUUGCUCAAGAAAUGAUCAGACCUAAUAGGGUGAUUGAUGCAGUUAAGUUGCUAACUAGUAAGAACUUGUUUAAAUCUGAAGGUAUACAUAUUGAUUCAAACUGGUCUUUAGAAAGUCGUUCUAAUGAAACAUGUGAAAUGCCUCCAUCUGAGGCAGAAACUGACAUACAUAAUUUGUCAAAUGAUGAUUGUGAUAGUUGGGAUGAAGAACAGAAUCAUGAAAAUCAACCAAGUGGCAAUUUAGACACUAUGCUCAAUCCGAUAGGAUUUAGGCAACAUAAACAAGUUUUGAAUAUUGCACCUGGUGAAGGAAAUACUCCCCUUGGCAUAUUCCAAGAUUUCAACAGUGAAUUCUUAGCCUUUCCAUCAAUAUACUGUGGUGAAACUCGAAUGCCAAAUAAUUUGAGGCAUGUGCCUUUACAUUACAGUACAAUAACUCCUGGAGCUGUUGAUAAUUUAAUUAAACAUAAUGAAGGCUAUCAAAUCCUAAGACAAAUAAGAGGUUCAACUGCUUACUGGGAAGUUGCUAAAAAGGAUUUAUUUGGUAUGAUAAGACAACUUGGGAUUCCACAUUUCUUUGUUUCACUCUCAGCAGCAGAAACUAAAUGGAAGAAUUUGUUGAUAACCCUGGGAAAGUUAGUAAACAAUAAAGAAUAUUCAACAUCAGAUGUUGAUGAAAUGUCCUGGCAAGAUAAGUGCCAUCUAAUUAAUUCAGAUCCGGUAACUUGUGUUAGGUAUUUUGAUUAUAGAGUACAAAAAUUCCUACACAGUGUAAUGAUGAGUCCUUUAGAACCAAUCGGGAAAAUACAGGAUUAUUUUUACCGGGUUGAAUUUCAGCAAAGGGGCUCACCUCAUAUUCAUAUGGUAGUUUGGGUUGUUGAUGGACCUGAGUUAGGGAAAGCAACAUCUGAAGAAAUAACAUCAUUUGUAGACAAGCAUGUUACUUGUGUAAAAGAUGAGACAAUGACUGAAUUAAUCAAUUAUCAAACCCAUCGACAUGCACGUACAUGUAGAAAGAAAGGUCAUUCUGUUUGUCGAUUCAAUUUUCCAAUUCCUCCUAUGAGCAAAACCACUCUUUUGCAACCUAUAGAUUCAGAAGCUGACGUUAAAUUCAUAUCCACAUGUAAAAAGAAUUGUAAUAAAAUAUUAGAUAAACUUGAUGAAAUGAAAUAUGGCAGUGAAAUAUCUUUCGAAGAAUUUUUGAAUGAGUUGAAAUUGACUAAUGAGGAAUAUUGUAAUGCAGUAAGGUCUUCUUUGAAAAGAGCUAAAUUAUUUCUGAAAAGGAACCCUUCAGAAAUAAGAAUAAAUUCCUACAAUUCAAUUAUGUUGAAAUGCUGGCAAGCCAAUAUAGAUGUUCAGUUUGUACUUGAUCCAUAUUCUUGUGCUUCAUACAUAGUCUCAUACAUCAGUAAAGGUCAAAGAGGGAUGUCCAAUUUAAUGUACAGGGCUUCCCAAGAAGCUAAAGAAAACAAUAUGGACUUGAAACACCAAAUGCGUCAUAUUUCAAAUCAAUUCUUAACACAUGUUGAAGUUAGUGCCCAGGAAGCAGCUUAUUUUGUUUUACAAUUGCCCAUGCGAAGAUCAUCCCGUAGUUUUUUAUUUCUUAACACUUGUCCUCCAAGCGAGCGUAUAACUCUGUUGAAAUCUGUUGCUAAACUUGAAGAAAUGUCUAGUACCUCAACAAAUGUGGAAGCAGACAAUGUUGUUAAAAGAUACCAGCGACGACCAAAGCAACUGCUAAAGUUAUGCCUGGCAGAUUUUGCCUCCUGGUAUGAUGUAUCCUAUCCUAAAAAGAACAAUCCAUGUAAAUCUGAUAAACUGAAUGCAUUAUCAGAAUUACCAGAGGUAGAUGACAAUGACUGUUUGGAAGAUGACCCCCAACAUGAAAAUGUAGAAGAUCCACAGGAGGAGGAACCUUCAACCUUGCUAGAUUCGUAUGAUCACAUGCAAAGUUGCCCCGACAAGGAGAUCUGUAUGUCAGAUGGUGGAAUACUGAAAAAACGCAAGACUCAAAGAAUACUAAAGUAUGUUAGAUUCAAUAAAGAUCAUAGCACUGAGAACUAUUACCGUGAAUUGAUAAUGUUAUUCCAUCCAUGGGUAAAUGAAGAGAGAGACAUCCCUGAUUCGUACAGUUUACUUAAACAAAUGUAUACCCAGAAUUCAGUAUGUAUUGAAAAACAGAAAAAACUAUACGAGAGAAACCGAGGCUUAAUUGAGCAGGUUGAAAGUUAUAAUGGAGAUCAGAAUAAUUUUGAUGACAAUAUGAAUACAGAGUUUAUGCCUGAAAAUUUGCAUGCAGAAGAAAAUGAUAGAUCUGAAGGUUUAACUUUAUCAGAAAAAUAUGGCUGUUUCGAUCCUGGGAGACCUGAACAAUAUGAUGUUGGCCUGGAUAUAGGUAUAACAAGAAAACAAAUAGGUGAUGAGGACUGUUUGAUGAAAAUGCCCGAAAAUGACUAUAGGGAAUUAGUAAGGAAUUUAAACGAUGAACAAAAAGGGUACUUCUAUCAUGUUUUGCAUUGGUUUAAAACCAAAGAUGAGCCUGUGUACAACUUUUUGUCAGGUGGUGCAGGUGUUGGAAAAUCAGUUUUGAUUAGAGCAAUAUAUCAGGGCCUUUUAAGAAUUUUGAAUAUGGCUCCAGGUUCUAAUCCAGAUGAUGUUAAAGUACUUCUAUGUGCUCCAACUGGCAAAGCUGCUCAUAACAUUGGUGGUAAUACCAUCCAUUCAACCUUUUGUAUACCUGUCAGCAGAGGGUUCUCAUACAAACCUUUAGCUAUGGAACAGCUUAAUACCUACAGAUUAAAAUAUAAAAAUCUGAAAGUGGUUAUAAUUGAUGAAAUAUCUAUGGUAGGUUGUAAGAUGUUCAAUUUCAUUAAUGGUAGGCUUCAGGAAAUAAUGGGAAACAAUCGACAGUUCGGUGGAGUUAGUAUAAUUGCUGUUGGUGACUUGUAUCAGUUGAAACCAGUGAUGGACAGUUGGAUAUUUCACAACACUGCAACAGAAUAUGGAAAUUUGGCAGCAAAUUUAUGGCAAGAUAACUUUAGUUUGUAUGAAUUGAAAACGAUAAUGCGUCAAAAGGGAGAUCUUGAGUUUGCUGAAUUACUUAACAGGUUAAGAGAAGGUCACCAUACACAUUCAGAUAUAGAUACUCUAAAAUCAAGAUUAGUUGAAACAGAAACUGGUAGUUUAUCUUCUAUGCCACAUCUUUUUACUACUUGUGCAGAAGUUGACACAUUCAAUGAAUAUGUUUUCUCACAAACUAGUUCAAAAAGUGACACAAUUGAAUGUAUAGAUUCAGUGACAGGUGACUUAUCAGAAACAUUACAUGAUGAUGCUCUGAAGAGAGUACCAAAUGAUCCUAGUAAAACAAUGGGUUUGUACAAAAACUUGAAAAUUGCUGAAGGCCUGCAGAUUGAAAUUAAUUUGAAUAUAAAUAUUGAAGAUGGUUUAACCAAUGGAGCUGCAGGAAAGGUUAUGUUAUUGGACUAUAGAAUUGUAAAUUCAAGUAGAUGUAGUAUUAUAUGGGUGUUGUUUAAUGACAUAGGCAUAGGAAAAGAACAGAGACGUCAGUUUCAAUACUUGAAAAAUGACCAAAUUGACAAAACAUGGACACCAAUAUUUGAAGUAACAAGGAAAUUCCUUAUAAACAACAAUCAGUCAUAUCAAAUACUCCGUCGUCAGUUUCCUAUACGCUUGGCAGCUGCCAAAACCAUUCAUAAAUCACAAGGAUCAACUGUAAACAAUUUAGUUGCCCAUUUGGGAAGGAGGAAAAAUGAUCACAUGCACUAUGUAGCAUUUAGCCGUGUUCGAAGUCUUGAAGGAUUGCAUAUACUGCAUCUCUCAGAAGAUAAGAUUUCUGUUAGCAUUGAUGUAACAGUUGAAAUGGACAGAAUGCGUUCAACAACCAAGGUGUUAAACUCUGUAAUUGAACUUCCAGAUCCACAGACUUGGUUAAAUAUACUUUGCCACAAUGUACGAUCUUUGCACUUACAUAUCAAAGAUGUAAAAGAGGAGAGUUACUUGAGUUCCUGUGACUUAAUUGGCAUAACUGAAUCUCGGUUGAAACCAGAAGAGGCUGAUUCUUGUGUUGCUAUAACAGGUUUUGCCACACUAUACAGACAUGAUUCUGUUAGUAACUCCUUGAUUAGACCCCACCAUGGCAGUGUUGUCUAUUCAAAGCAUCAAUUAUCAAGUACUUAUAAAGGAAGACCUGGAGGCAUUGAAAUCACAUCUGCUGUAAUUGUUAAACAAAAUACAAGGGUGCGAGUAAUAUUCUUGUACUGUCCUCCAAAAGUUUCAACUCUGAACAACUUCAGUAUUAUGAUGCAGUCUGUUUCUUCCUUAAUUGAAGAGAAAACAAUCCUAAUGGGAGACUUCAAUGUUGACAUUCAAAAUAACUGCUCCCUGAUAAAUUUAAUGAAAACCUAUGGAUUUAAUCAGCUCAUUGAAGAAGUCACUACAGAUUACAAUACUGCAUUGGAUUUAAUCUUUGUGAACUUCAUUGAUAACAAUGCUAAGUCAGGUGUUUUGGAAUGUUAUUAUUCAGAUCAUAAACCAAUUUUCAUAUGUUUACCGAUGUAA